UGAAUGCUCAUCCUAUCUUCAAACCAGAGGAAAUCAGCCUGUCAAAAAGAUCUUGCCAACUCUUAUGGGGAUUUCAGGCAGAAAUUCAUUUCCUGUCUGAACGUGGACAACAGCUGAGGCAAACAGAGUACUUUCCUAAAGGGAAGAGAGGAAGCCACUGUGCACACAUCCAGUGUUGAUUUUCCAUCUGGCACUUCAUGGAGGCCUGUGUGUACAUAAUUGAGACUCCGCAGACCUACUAGGCCCCGAGGGAAAGCAAUUACCUCCAUACAGUCCUCAAGCUGAACUGAGCGAAGAGCUUCAUUGUCCACAACUGAGGAAAUGUCCAGAUUAACACAGAGGGCUGUUGUGUCUCCUGAACACCUUCCCCUUCCCCUCUGCCAUGGUGGAUGUGACAAGAUCAGCUGGCUUCCAGAAGGCAAAAUAUUCAGUAAUGUUCAAAGGGAAAAGAUCAUCUCCAAGUUUCUUAAAGAAAGUGUUCUAAAGAGAGUGUUCCGUUCAAAGCAAAUGAGGUGGGAGGGCUCCGGCUACCAGAAUGAGGACCUAAGCGACAACUUUCCUGGCACCAGAAAGAAGGCCGAGUCCGAGGGGGCGCCCGUCAAGCUGUUCGCCCCGCACGCGGAGGGACCCGGGCCUCGGGGCAGCAGCGCCUUAGGGGACGACGCCGACGACGACACGUGGGACUGCGGCGCCAUGGGGAUUUUAAGGAAACAGAGAUGCAAAAUGGGAAGAAGAAAUGGAGAGAACAAUGGCACCACCCCGCGUGCAUCCAGCAUCUCGAAGGAGAACUUGUGUCACUGGAAUUUGGAUUCAGAAAUACCUGCUCCUGAAAAUAAAAAUCUCCCACCUGGAAAGGAUAGUGCAACAGGUGGUUCAAUUAACAAGAAUAGUAAGCAAGGGAUGUUUCAGUUAUGGAGUUAUCCUCUUAACGAAGGAAGUACCAUGGAGAACAGGGAUUUCAGAAAAUCUUCCGUGGAAACUGGCUUUAAUGUAACCAAUAAUCCCAUAAGGCUCUUUACUCUGAACCACUCACUUGUAACAAGUGCUUCAGUUGAGAAGCAAGUUGGUUCUUACCCUGGACUGCAGAUACCAUCUGUUCUCUGCUGGCCCUAUGCUGAUGGAGACUUUUUGAAGGACAGAAAUGAGCCUUAUAUUAAUUUAUGUUCGACUAUAGAAAACAAUAGUGGUGAAACUUUACCUGCUUUAAAUUGGAACUUGAAAUAUGGAAACAGCAGUGUGGAAGAAAACUUAACAGAUGAAAGUGAUUUAUCAGAAAAUGAAAAAGCAAAUGAUAGUUUGCUCAGCUACUUUAAAAAGAUGGACCUGAACUUAAAGCCAGAAACAAUAGUAAACGUUGAGGAAUCUUUCACAGAGGAACCAAGUGAAGUAUUUCCAUAUCCUGAUUUUCUCCCUUCUCCUUUCAAUACCCUGGACUUGCACAAAUUAGCCCUUUCAAAAUCUGAAAAUUGGAAAGUGACAGUAGAACCUCCAGAAAGCUCUGUUGAACGUCUGAUAACUCGUUUACUAGAAAUGGAAAGAUUGCAACACAUGACUAUCCAAAAAGAGAGGCCCAGACUACAAACUACCUUCUGUACUCUGGCAGCUACUGAACGACCCUCUUCCUCCAAAGCUAUACCCAAAGUGAGACAGCCCAAACUUUCAGACCCUUUGAGUCUUCAGACGACUUGUGUAGAUAAAAGUCGUGAAAAAAGAAAAAGCAAUUCUGGAUCUUGCAAGCUUGAACAAAAUGCUUCAAAAUGGAAUUGGAGCAAUGCUGGCAAAUAUAAAUGGAAUUCUAGACCAACAUCUCUAAAAAGUUCAUCCACCACCAAACAAUUGGUUGCAACUUGUGAUGACUUUAGGAAUCUCAAAAGCUCCAUUUUAAAUCCAUGCCAAGAACUCGCAACCAAGCCUACUCCUUCCCAAACAACUCAAUCAUUGGUUAAAAUGGUCUCAACAAGAUGUCUGCCACCGAAGUCUCCAAUACCAGUCUCAUCUAUACCUCUGUCUUUCCCCGAAAAUCAGAAAGAAGAAAUUAAGUUACCAAGGACCAAAAAGAAACUUUAUCAAAAAAACAUAGCACUGAACAGACCAUUCUAUAUUCAGAAGCUAAACUGUUUAUCACCUUCCUUUACAGCUAAGGGUAAGUGUUCACCUAUUGACCAAAAAUAACUUUUCUUUCAUAUAUCUCAAUGUGAGCAAAUCUGUUUCCAAGAAGCUUGGCUAAAACGUGGUUCAUCAUUCCAAGAUACAGGUAUUACACACACGCGUGAGUAACUUGAUGUGAUGUGGAGUGGAAUUUGUAAAAAUCAUUGCUGAGAUGUGUAAAUAUAAAUUCAAGGGCUUCCAUACUGACAUAUUUGGCAAUCUUUUGCAUGUUAUGUUUCAAAGGAAUGUUUCACUUAGUAAACUGUUCUUUUCAAAAGAA